UCACAAAAAUAUAGGAUAAUUUCUUUAUUGUUUAAGCCCUAAUGAGCUGUGGUGAUCCUGGAAAACCCCUGAAUGGCUAUCGUACUGGCAAUGAGUUCUGGGCUGGGAAUAUGGUAUUUUAUACUUGUGAUCCCGGUUAUUACUUGGUGGGACCAUCCAACCGACUUUGUCUGGAAAAUGGUGCAUGGAGCGACUUAAUUCCAUCAUGCUAUAAGAGGCAUUAUUCAAACAUUCUCAAAAAUCGAGGAUAUUACUAUGAUUUGAUGGAACGAUGGCUGGCUUCAGUGGCAAAUAACCCAAUGAGAUGGGUACCAUGCUACCAAAGCAUACUUCACGGAUGGGCCAGUAGAACAUUCCAUUCAAAGUGCGAUGGUAAAGGCCCGACUAUUACAAUCAUCAAAGUGAACAAAUACAUAUUUGGAGGCUAUACAGACGUCAGCUGGCAUACCAGAAAUACUUACAGCAAAUCAGUCAACUCGUUCCUGUUUUCAUUCGUAAACAAAGAUAACUUGAAGCCAUUUAAAAUGGAAGUUGUCAAAUCACAGUAUGCAAUUUGUGGACGUAGCAUCUACGGACCAUUAUUUGGAGGCGGCCAUGACAUGGUUAUUAGUGAUAAUGCUGGUAGCAACACAAACUCCUGGACGAACCUUGGACAUAGCUAUGCACUGAUUAAGGGCUACACAUACACAUCAACUAAAGCACAGAACCUUCUUGCAGGAUCGUACAACUUUCAGCCAGACGAGGUCGAAGUGUUUCGCCAAGAUGGUUUAGAGGUUUAGGUGAAAGAAACUCUAACAAAACACAGGGAUCCCACUUAAUAUAUCGAUGCCGCUUUUAACACAUACGAUGUUUACAGGAAAUAGACCUGAUCGGCUAAGGCGCUGCUAUAAACGUUUCCAUCCAAUUCAAACUACCCGGGAGUAAGUUUUAUUGUUCGUUGUAUUUUCAU